ACGCUCAAACCUCCUCCCCUUUUUUUGUUUUGGCCAGCCACCCUCGUUUUUACUAUGAGCCUGAGACCUGAGUAUCUCUCCGUCGCCAAACCUCUCCUUCUCUUCGUUCUUCGCACCGAACCCUAACCCUAGUUAUUACUUCUUUCACCCUUGACAAUCCAAAGAAGGCGUUAUCUCAAAACCCUAACCUUAACAAAUCAAUUGUUACCCAGAAGAUCGUAAGAUUUUCAAUUUGAAAAUCUUGCUUUACACCUACACGAUGGACUCCCAACAGAGCAAUCUAUUCGAGACCGCUUCGCAACCCGACACUGGCAACGACGCUUACACUUUCCUCGAAUUCAACACUCAAGGGGAGGAUUUCGACUAUCCCGAGUUCCGUGACUCGAUUAGGUCCCCGGCGGCUUGGCCCACUCCGUCCGAUUCGCUGGUUGACCCCAUGGAGCGUGGUGGUGGAGGUGGAGCGGGUUCUGAUCACCAAUCCGAUGCCUCGCCUGUUUCAGCUGCACCAGGAAUCUCUGCCAAAAACAGGGCGACGGGGUCGGGCGGCAGCGGGAACAGCCAGAUGGUUGACACCCUAGCUGCUGGGAUGAGUGGGUUGAAUUUUGAGGAUACCGGUGAUGAUGACAAUUAUGAAUUUGGCAAAGGAGAUUUCACUGAACAUGCUUGCCGAUAUUGUGGGGUAUCGAACCCUGCAUGUGUUGUGAGGUGUAAUGUGCCUUCUUGUCGCAAAUGGUUUUGCAACUCACGGGGGAACACGUCGGGCUCACAUAUCGUAAAUCACCUGGUUCGAGCAAAACACAAGGAAGUCUGUCUUCACAAAGAUAGUCCUUUGGGAGAAACCAUUCUUGAAUGCUACAACUGUGGGUGUCGUAAUGUGUUUCUCCUUGGAUUUAUUUCUGCCAAGACAGAAAGUGUAGUUGUUCUUUUAUGUCGUGAACCUUGCUUGAGUGUUAAUGCCUUGAAAGAUAUGAAUUGGGAUCUCAGUCAAUGGUGCCCCUUGAUUGAUGAUCGGUGUUUCCUGCAAUGGCUUGUGAAGAUUCCCUCUGAACAGGAGCAGUUGAGAGCACGGCAGAUUAGUGCUCAGCAAAUUAAUAAGGUGGAAGAGCUUUGGAAAACAAAUCCUGACGCUUCUCUUGAGGACCUUGAGAAACCUGGUGUAGAUGAUGAACCUCAGCCGGUGGCUUUAAAAUAUGAAGAUGCAUAUCAGUAUCAAAAUGUUUUUGCACCACUCAUUAAGCUUGAAGCUGAUUAUGACAAGAUGAUGAAAGAAUCUCAAAGCAAGGACAAUGUCACCAUUCGAUGGGAUAUUGGUCUUAAUAAGAAACGCAUUGCAUACUUUGUAUUCCCAAAGGAAGAUAAUGAGUUGCGUCUUGUACCUGGUGAUGAAUUACGAUUGCGUUAUUCUGGGGAUGCUGCACAUCCUGCAUGGCAAUCAGUGGGGCAUGUGAUUAAGCUAACUGCACAAGAGGAAGUUGCUCUUGAACUUCGUGCAAAUCAGGGGGUUCCAGUUGAUGUAAAUCAUGGUUUCAGUGUUGAUUUCGUGUGGAAGAGUACGAGCUUUGAUAGGAUGCAAGGAGCCAUGAAAACCUUUGCAGUGGAUGAGACUAGUGUAAGCGGGUAUAUUUACCAUCACUUAUUGGGUCAUGAAGUUGAGGUUCAGAUGGUGCGCAAUACAUUGCCUCGUCGCUUUGGUGCACCUGGGCUUCCAGAGCUCAAUGCAUCUCAAGUUUUUGCAGUUAAAAGUGUUCUUCAGAGGCCUAUUAGUUUGAUUCAAGGUCCUCCUGGAACUGGUAAGACUGUCACUUCUGCAGCAAUUGUAUAUCACAUGGCAAAACAAGGUCAGGGGCAGGUUUUGGUUUGUGCACCUAGCAAUGUGGCUGUUGAUCAGCUUGCUGAAAAGAUAAGUUCUACCGGGUUGAAGGUUGUUAGGCUUUGUGCAAAGUCUAGAGAAGCUGUGAGUUCUCCAGUUGAGCACCUAACGCUUCAUUAUCAGGUUCGAAAUCUUGACACAUCUGACAAGAGUGAACUUCACAAGCUACAACAGCUGAAAGAUGAGCAAGGUGAACUUUCAAGUAGUGAUGAGAAAAAGUACAAAGCACUAAAGCGAGCAACAGAGAGGGAGAUUUCUCAGAGUGCUGAUGUGAUCUGCUGCACGUGUGUUGGUGCUGGAGAUCCUCGGCUGGCAAAUUUUAGGUUCCGUCAGGUACUCAUUGAUGAGUCUACUCAGGCAACAGAACCUGAAUGUCUCAUUCCUUUGGUUCUUGGGGUCAAGCAGGUUGUUCUUGUUGGUGAUCAUUGUCAGCUUGGUCCAGUCAUUAUGUGCAAGAAGGCUGCUCGUGCAGGCCUUGCACAGUCACUCUUUGAGCGACUUGUUCUGCUUGGUGUUAAACCAAUUAGAUUGCAGGUUCAAUACCGUAUGCAUCCAUCUCUCUCAGAAUUCCCUUCAAAUAGCUUUUAUGAAGGCACUCUGCAAAAUGGAGUUACUGUGAAUGAAAGGCAAUUAUCAGGAAUUGAUUUUCCCUGGCCAGUGCCCAAUCGUCCCAUGUUUUUUUAUGUUCAGAUGGGACAAGAAGAGAUAAGUGCAAGCGGCACAUCUUACUUAAAUAGAACUGAGGCUGCAAAUGUUGAAAAGAUUGUAACUACUUUCUUAAGAAGUGGUGUAGUCCCUAAUCAGAUUGGUGUGAUAACACCUUAUGAAGGACAAAGAGCUUAUAUUGUGAACUAUAUGUCAAGAAAUGGUGCCCUCCGGCAACAACUUUACAAGGAGAUUGAGGUUGCUAGUGUUGAUUCCUUUCAAGGAAGGGAGAAAGACUAUAUCAUCCUGUCUUGUGUAAGAAGUAAUGAGCAUCAGGGCAUUGGGUUUCUGAAUGAUCCUCGCAGGCUCAAUGUUGCAUUGACCAGAGCUCGAUAUGGCAUUGUUAUUCUGGGAAACCCUAAAGUUCUUAGCAAGCAGCCUCUGUGGAAUAGCUUGUUGACACACUACAAGGAACACGAGUGCCUGGUUGAAGGGCCUUUAAAUAAUUUGAAGCAGAGCAUGGUUCAGUUCCAGAAACCCAAGAAGAUCUACAAUGAUAGAAGGCUUUUUUAUGGUGGUGGUCCUGGAGUUGUGGCCGGUGAUAAUUUUGGAUCAGUUGCCUCUGGCCCAACUUCUGACCGGAAGAGCAGCAGGGGCAGGGGAACUUAUAUGCCUCCUGGUCCAUCAAAUGGAACCCAUAAGCCUGGUGUGCAUCCAUCUGGAUAUCCCAUUCCAAGGGUACCUCUUCCACCUUUUGGUGGUCCUCAAUCUCAGCCAUACACCAUUCCAACUCGUGGAGCUGUACACGGGCCAGUUGGGGCAGUCCCUCAUGUACCACCUCCAGGGACUCGAGGUUUUGGUGCUGGACGAGGUAAUUCUGGCACCACAGUUGGUAAUCAUCUCCCUCACCAGCAAGGCACACAACAAUCUCUAGGGAAUAUUGGAUCUACUUUCAACUUUCCAGCUCUGGAAAAUCCCAGCAGCCAGCCAUCUGUCGGUGUUCCAUUGUCUCAGCCUGGGUUUGCCAAUAAUAUGCCAGUCCAAGGAGCAAGCCAGUCAUUUAGAGAUCAGUUUUCUGUGCCAGGAAUGUCUCAGGACUUCUUGGGUGAUGACUUCAAAAGCCAGGGAUCUCAUGUUCCUUAUAAUGUUACUGAUUUCUCUACCCAGGCUUCUCAGAGUGGAUAUGCUGUUGAUUAUGUCACACAAGGAGCACAAGGUGGAUUCCCUGGAAACUUUUUGAACCAGAAUUCUCAAGCGGGUUACUCACGUUUUAGUUCUGGAAAUGAUUUCAUGUCUCAGGACUACAUGACCCAUGGAUCCCAAGGCCUUUUCACUCAGGUUGGCUUCAAUGAUCCCUUGCAAGAUGAUGCGCCACAGAGCCAAUUUGGUGUGGGCAAUGCCAGCCCUCUUCAGUCUCAGGGCCUUAUGAAUUCUCUCUACUCCCAGCCUUUUGCUCAAUACAACACACAGCCGAUGAACAUGCAGGCUUCCCAGCCACAGCCUCAGGGUCAGAGCUCCCAAAAUCAGAAAAUACACUAUAAUGGUUGAGGAACAAUAGAAGUAUACCAUGGCUUUGAUGGGUUAUAGUCUUUGCAUUGGGUUUGUGCCUGUCUUAUACACGAUGGAAUGUACUUGCAUGACAAAUUGGAAGAAUACCCUUCUCGGGACAUCUCUGCAUAAACCAUACUACUGAGGGUUCGACCAUCCUGAGGGUUUGGCACCCGGAAUCUGAUUGGUGGAAUUGUGGGGGCAUUAGGAAGGUGUACUGGCAGCACAUCCUUGGCUGAGAAGGAAAAGAUAACCCCAUUAUUACCCUUGCUCAUUUUUGUUGUUUUUGGGAUAUCAACGUGAAGUUGUUCUGCAGAGCCAUUACAUGGAGAGCCCUUUCAAUUCGUCCUAGCUUGUAAUUAUACUCCAUAUUAUUUUUUUACGAAGAUGUCAGAAAAUGUUUUCCUUUGUACAACUGGCAUCACUUGGUGGUAUAUAGAAGUGGAUAUCGUGUGACUUGUAAAUCACCAAGGUUCCGAGUGACUGGCAGAUUAUCUGUACUAGAGGAUUUUCCGUACUGUAUUUGCGCGCCAUAGCGUUAGGCAGGCGUGUUCCUGUUUAGUCUCCUCUAUAGUGAGAUGGUUGCUGUCUGUCUUGUACCCUCUCAUCUAGAACUAUAAUUUGACAGUCCCGCGGAGUGUUUAUUA